AUGGAAACCAGCAAGCUCAUAAUCAUCCCAUUUCUCCUACUUCUCUCCCUGGCCUUCCCUUCCAUUGCCACCGUUGUUGAAGAGACGCCCAUGAAAACAGAUGUGGUGGUGGAGGGAAUGGUGUACUGCCAGAGCUGUGAGCACUUAGGAUCUUGGUCGUUGACAGGGGCCGAGCCCAUUCCUGCAGCCAAAGUCAGCAUUACCUGCAAAGAACACAAAGAUCGAGUCAGCUUCUACAAGGUUUUUUCCACAGACGGGAACGGUUACUUCUAUGCACAGCUUGAAGGAUUCAAGAUGUUGGACCAUCCCCUCCACUCAUGCAAAGUGAAGCUGGUUUCAUCCUCUCUUCCAAAGUGCAACCUCUCCUCCAAUGUCAACUACGGGCUCUCUGGUUCACCGCUUCGUUAUGAAAACAAGAGACUGGUUGGGAAGCAUUAUGAGGCUGUGGUUUAUGCUGCAGGUCCCCUCGCUUUCCGUCCAGCCCAUUGCCCUCCCUCGACUCACUACUAA